AUGACGAAAAGAAACCCAAUGUAUAGUGUGAUUAUUCCAACAUAUAAUGAAAGAAGAAAUGUUGGUAUAAUAGUUGAGCUUCUUCACGAAACUUUUAGUAAAUUUCCUGAUGGUACAGCUCAGGUUGUAGAAAAACUCCAAGAAUGUUACCCCGAAGUCAAUCUUAAACUUGUUAAGAGAAAGGGCAAAUUGGGACUAGGCACUGCGUAUAUGAAAGGUUUUGAACAUUCCAAUGGUGACUUUAUUAUACUUAUGGAUUGUGACCUCUCUCAUCACCCAAAGUACAUCGCAGAUUUUAUCGAAAAACAAAAAACCGAGGAUUUUGAUAUUGUUUCAGGAUCAAGGUAUAUAAAAAAUGGUGGAGUCUCAGGAUGGACAUGGGACAGAAUCUUAGUCAGUAGAGUGGCCAACUUUCUUGCUAACUUCCUACUUCAACCAAGAGCGAGUGACCUAACUGGAUCUUUUAGACUUUACAAAAGAGAUGUAUUUGAGUCAAUUCUUGGAAGUAAUAUGAUCAGUAAAGGAUAUGUAUUUCAGAUGGAAAUCAUCGCUAGAGCUACGAAAUUCGGGUAUUCAAUUGCUGACGUCCCAAUAGUUUUUGUAGACAGACUCUACGGAGAUUCUAAAUUAGGGAAAAAUGAGAUAUUUGGAUAUAUUAAAGGGUUACUACAAUUAUUCUGGAUCCUAUAG